AUGGUUGAUAAUAUAGGGUCGAGUUCAGAAGGGUUCAAGUACAAUCUUUGUGCAGCUGAUGCUAGUAUUCAUGACUCUGUAGAGGAUCAAGGCACGAUUAAGGAGCAAGAUCGGUUGCUACCGAUAGCGAAUGUCGGCCGGAUAAUGAAGCAGAUCCUUCCUCCGAAAGCGAAAAUCUCGAAAGAAGCUAAAGAAACCAUGCAAGAAUGUGUAUCAGAGUUCAUUAGCUUUGUUACUGGAGAAGCAUCUGAUAAAUGCCACAAGGAGAAGAGAAAAACAGUUAAUGGAGAUGAUAUUUGUUGGGCUUUGGGAAGUUUAGGAUUUGAUGAUUAUGCUGAAUCACUCAGGAGGUAUUUGCAUAAGUAUAGAGAAGUAGAAGGAGACAGGGCUAAUCAGAUCAAAUCUUCAAACAAUGAAGAAAGGGAUUGA